CAGGCACUGUGGCCAAAUUUCCUAGCCACAAGGGUUGUUAUUAUCAUGUUCAAUUCCUUGAUCACGACCUCACCAUGGAGUCAACGAUCGCGUUCAAAAUGCAAAAGCCUCCACUCGGAUACCCCUAUCGUUCGGACACAUGACCCAGAGAAGAACAGCAAGACCUCUCUUUGCCGUCUCGAUGGGUGGCAAUCCGGAGCCCUUGGAUUUGCCCUCUGCGCAACAGUGGUUUUCGUUAUCAAUCUCAUCCUCACCAUCUGGAGCUGGGUAAUUCGACCUACAAACAAAGGUCUUCCGUAACGGUCUGAUGAGAGGAGGAGGACUGCGCUGAAUUGGCUAUCUAGGGUGGGCUGAGCUACGUAUAUAGACAGCCGUACAUGAGUUAUCCCAACUUCUACUAGAGUGGCUCCGGUUAAGGCCGUAGGCCAUUACAUCUUCUGUACCAGGGAGACUGUGACUACGCAAAGAGGCUGAAUACUGGCAUGCAUAUACUGAUC